AUGGCGCCGGCGCCGGCGGCUGAACAACCCUUGGAGCAUGAGCUGCAACAAGAGCUCUCCGGCAUCAUGAUCCAUGGCUACAUUACCGGUCUGCGCCGAGAGUUCGAGACGAAGCUAUGUGAGAAUCACAACCGUAUCAGCACACUGAGCAAGAGCUGCAAGGAAAACCUUUCCGAGGUCGCCGCUCUACGAGAUGAACUGACCGGCAUCCUGACCGAUGUGACAGCUUCAGAGUCCAGCCUGCUCCCUCCCCACAGCAGUCUCGAGAAAGCAGAGGAGACGAACUCCCUGAAGAUGAAAGAUGACAAUGACAUUCCGGACUUUUCGCUCCUGAAGCACCUGCGCGGCGAAGAGAUCACGACGUUUUUGAAGUCUGAAUGGCUCAAGCUGCGAAGGGAGCACGAGUAUGAACUGCAACAGACGACUGAAGAGCUGUUCAGGCUGAAAAGGCAUUUUGCAAAGGAUGGCGCUGUGUUGCCUUUUAGGAAAGAGAGAGAGCUUGAGCUCAUCAAAUCAAAGCUGCUUCAGACUAUCUCCAAAAUGGAUGGCAUUAUCUCGAGCAAAGAGGGCUCUGGCUCUCAUUACAAUGAGGAUGAUGAGCUAUGCAGAUUGAAGGACAGAAUUGGUUCUCUGCUCGACGAAAAUGAACGUCUCCGAGGUUUGCUGUCUGACAAAAGAAAGGAGGCUAAGCAGCUCUCUGCACAAGUAGUCGAUGCACAGAGCGAUGUCCCGCGCCACUCGCUCUCCGAGUCAAAACUCAGCAAUCAGCUUGAAGACCUGAAGAUUGAGAGCCACUUGAAAGAGCUAUUGGAACUGUCUAUAUUAAGAGAAGUUUUUGGCAGUUAUGAAAAUCAGAUUGAUGAUCACAACCAGGAGGAGUGCUUCCUCAGAGAGUUGCUUAUGGAGAAAGAAGAGCGGUUACUUACCAUGUCUGGGGAUAAACGUAAGCUCAAGUAUGAAAAUGACCAGCUUGUAUCUAUUGUAGGAUCAAAACUGGUUCAGCAUCAUGAGGAAUUCGACUUGGUUAAUGAUGAGCUUACGAUGUUCAGGGAGAAAGUGUGCGAGCAAGAGCUGCUGAUCUUGGAGUUCAAAGGCGAGGCCAGCUCGAUGAAGAGCUGUCUGGAUGAGGCCAUCCAGCAAAUCCAUGUGUGCAAGCAAGAGAUAGUUGGGCUGACUGAAAGCUUAGCUUCCAUGUCUGUUGCUUUGGAGGAAUCAAAAGAGCAAAAUGCCUUGCUCGACGCGACUAUCUGGGAAAUGAAGAGAACAGCAGCGCCACACACCGACGGUCAUAUAGGAGAUGAUGCAGGCUCCCUAGAGCAAUUCACCCUUGUUAGUAUGCAGAAAUUGUCUAAAGCAUACAGUGAUUUCGAAAGCAGAUUAACGCAAAGUAUGAAGCAAAAUGAUAUAAGGUUGACUAGAAUAAUUCGCCAGUUCAACCCACUGGUGCAGCAAGUUGCUGUACUAAAGAAGAAGGAAUUCUGGUAUAAACAAAUACUCGAGAUUAAAUGCUCGAAUCUUGAAAAAGCAGAAGCUGAGGUUGAUGUACUUGGCGAUGAAGUUGAGACCCUCUUAAGUGUUCUUGGUAAAAUCUAUAUAGCACUUGACCAUUACUCUCCUGUCCUGAAGCACUACCCUGGGGUGACCGAGAUUCUGAAUGUAGCUCAUAAGGUGUUGAAAGGAGAAAGUAUUGAGCAAUACAACACUUUGUUAAAACAUUAA